GCCGGUGGCGGCCAUGGCGCAGCCCGGCGGGAGCCGCCCCGUCACCGUCAGCGACGUGCAGGAGCUGGUGAAGAGGAAGGACGAGAUCGAGGCGCAGAUCAAGGCCUGCUACGAGCUGCUGGACGGCCAAAAGGGCGUCGGGAUGAACGAGCCGCUGGUUGACGCGGAGGGGUUUCCCCGUGACGACAUCGACCUCUACCAAGUGCGCACCGCCCGGCAUAACAUCAUCUGUUUGCAGAACGAUCACAAGGCCCUGAUGAAGCAAGUGGAGGAAGCUCUUCACCAGUUGCAUGCUCGGGAGAAGGAGAAGCAUGCCAGGGAUGAAGCGGAGGCGUUGGCCGAGGCAAUGAGCCAGAACCAGAGCCUGCCACAGGCUUUUGCCAAAGUGAACGCGGUGACUCCAGGAUCUCCUGCAAGUAUCUCGGGACUUCAGAUCGAUGAUGAGAUUGUGGAGUUUGGUUCUGUCAAUGUAAACAACUUCCAGAACCUGCAGAACAUCGCCACAGUGGUGCAGCACAGCGAAGGGAGACCCCUCAGUGUGACUGUGAUCCGCAGCGGCAAAAAAGUGCACGUGGGGCUGACUCCAAAGCGCUGGGCCGGGAAGGGCCUCCUGGGCUGCAAUAUCAUUCCCUUGCAAAGAUGACCAUUGCUUGGAAAACAAUAAAGCUGAAGUUUGUGCCUGCUUUCUGGACUCUGGUUUGAAAACUUCCCUACAUGUUUUUGCUGAAACAAAUGUUUCAGAGGCUGUGACCUCUAAGUGCCAGACUCGAGAGCCUGAAGAGGUUCUGAUAGAGCAGGGCCUGCCUGCAAUUCAGAAUUGCACUGGCUCAUCAGGAGUAGCUUGCAGAGUUGCAAGAUGUGGCUUCUCAUCUCUUACACCUUGUAUCAGUUUGGAAUGAGGCUAUAGAGAGACCCAAACUUCACUUGAUACAGGCUCUAAAGAGCAUGAAAUGAUCUUACUUGGUGAUAACAGAGCAUUCCUUUUUUCCCCUGUAAAAUUCCUCCUCACUGAACAUCUUGUAAUAUAUGCUAAAAAGUCCCAGAGCACUUUUUGGUAUCUGUAAUAGUAGAUGACAGUCAAGAAAUACGCAAGUUUGAUACUUUAUCUUCCCCAUGUUACCACAACUUUUGAAGUCACUGAACAUGAUGAAAGAAUUUUUGGAAUACCUAAUUAUUUUAAGUUAAUGAGAUAAGGAAUAGGGGUUAUAAUUCUACUUUUGGUUUACUUUUAGUAGUUUGUAUAGUCGUGAUAACAGUACUCCUAAUCUGGCUUCUCUCUCUUUUUAUUUUUUUAUUUGUUUAUUUGUGGUAGUUUGUUUUAGCAUGUAUAAACUCUUCGAGGGGAUUGGGGGAUGAUGGAUUUGUUUUAAGCUUGUUUCCAAUUAAACUUCAAAAUACUCUCCCCAAACAAUAAAACUGAGUAACGUCUCU